AAGCUCAGACUUGCUGAAAUCGGUGGCCCUCUUCCUCAAUGGUCCAGCUGCGUAUGAUGUACCGUCUGUCUAACUCUGAAGAGCGCUGGAUGAAGGGUGGCGAGCCUGAAGGAAUCAAGAAGCUGAAAAAUAGUCAUAUGAUGAUGUUUUAUGCUGCUUAGGCUUUUGUUCAAAAGGCUAUUCAAAGGAUCCAAAGGAGCUGCCAGCUAAGUUGAGAGGAAAAAGUUAGCUCUCUGAUUUUCACUUUCAGUGCAAGAGAAAACAGGGAUUCUUGCUUAGACAUACUUGGAGAGGGACAAAGUUGAUCAUGGCAGGAGAAAUUGAAUCCAUGGCAUCUAACAUGAGGAGCAAGAUGAGGGGUGAUACUAAAAGUUCAUCCACACCUUCCAUCUUCAGGAUUCCCAGCAUACUUCGCAGGCACAAUAAGGAAGCAUACAUCCCCAACGCGUUUUCGAUUGGGCCUUUUCACCAUGGCGAGAAACAUCUUGAAGACAAAGAGAAGAUCAAGUUUGACUACUUACAAGGCCUUAUAGACAGAAAUGGUGAUCCGGAGGCAACACUGAUGAAAUGCAUCACAGAGAUCACAAAUUAUGAAACAAAAGCCCGAGAGUGCUAUGCAGAAGAAAUUCUUAUGAGCAAACAGGCGUUCAUUGAAAUGUUGGUGCUUGAUGGCUGCUUCAUUGUUGAACUGUUCAGGAAGGAUGCUGCUGAGGUUAGGAAAAGUAAAAAUGAUCCCAUUUUCUCUACUUCCUGUAUGCUUCAGUUCUUACACCAUGACUUGAUUUUGCUAGAAAAUCAAAUACCCUGGUUUGUGCUUGAGCGUCUGUUUUGGUCAACAAGAGGUUCGUCUGAAACCAAGUCUUUACUACAACUUGCCUUGGAUUUCUUCGACAACAUUUUCUCAUCUGAGAAAUCUCCUAUACAACUAGAUCUCUUCACCAAUCAAGAAAUCCAACACAUUCUUGAUUUGUUAAGAAGUUCUUUGGUGUUGCCACUUGGACAGCAGCAAGGCCAAGAAGAGUCAUCUAUAUCAUGGCAUCCUAUUCCUUCUGCCACCAGCAUCAAAGAAUCUGGAAUCAGUUUCAGGAAAGUGAGAUCACCAAGCAUCUUGGAUGUCAAAUUCAGGAGAGGCAUUCUGGAAAUGCCAUCAAUUCUCAUCCAAGAAACCGUUGAACCUGCGUUUCGAAAUCUGAUCAGCUACGAGCAAUGUUAUCCAAACUGUUCUCCCAGAGUUACAUGCUAUGCUAUACUCGUGGACAACCUUAUCAACAAUGAAGAGGACAUGGAAGAACUCAGCAAGAGUGGGAUUCUUGUCAACUGGCUCAACCCACAUGACACGACACAGUUCUUUAAGAUGCUAUACCAUGAUGCUUUUUUGAAAGAGUUUCAUUACCAGAAGCUUUGCUGGGAAGUGAAUGAAUAUCAGCAGAAAUUGUGGCCUAAAUGGCGAGCUUUUUAUACCCACAAUUAUUUUGCGAUGCCGUGGGCCAUUGUUUCUCAGAUUGUUGCUGCUAUCCUUCUCGUCCUAGCUUUCUUGCAAACCAUUUAUUCCAUGAAGUGAUCAAUACUUGUUUUAAUACAUCAUGUUAGAGACAAACAAAAGUUGUCAUGAGUUAGUGAUAUGUAAUAUUCGUGAUAUGGGGACUCUGUACUUUCAAUGAAUCUCUUAUGAGGAAUUUGGUUAAAAUAUAAAGUUUUCUCAAUC